AGGUUCAAAAUUUCAAUUCUCUUGAUUUUCCCUCAAUUUUCCCCGCAACCAAACAGUCAUCAGGUCAAGCAAAGCAAACUGCCCCCGCUCCACGACCUUCUAUAGAAAUAUAUUUCAAAAUAAAUCACAACCAAAGCGAAGGCAAGCCACUGUAGAGGAGUGACGUGUCGAAUACGGUUUAUAUGUAUAUUAUUUAAACUAUAGGAAAAUAUCCACUCAUGGUUUAGAGGCUACACCACCAGUUAGGGCGGGAACCCGAAAAAAUUCACAACUAUCAACAUGCCCGAACCAAAAAUGAAUUUGCGCAAGGGCGCUAAGGUGUGGGUUGAGGACAAGAGCUUGGCUUGGGUUGCAGCUGAAAUUACUGAUUUAAAAGGCAAACAAGUCCAAGUCCAAACUGUCUCUGCUAAAACGGUGUUAGUGUUGCCUGAGAAAUUGUUUCCGAGAGAUGCGGAUGAAGAGGAAGAGCAUGGAGGGGUUGAUGAUAUGACAAAGUUGACAUAUUUGAAUGAGCCUGGUGUGCUUUAUAAUCUUGAGAGGAGAUAUGCUUUGAAUGAUAUUUAUACAUAUACAGGAAGCAUUUUGAUAGCAGUUAAUCCAUUCACAAAGCUUCCUCAUCUUUACAAUGUGCAUAUGAUGGAGCAAUACAAGGGAGCUCCUUUUGGUGAGCUGAGCCCCCAUGUUUUUGCUGUGGCUGAUGUAUCAUAUAGAGCAAUGAUGAACGAGGGUCGAAGCCAAUCUAUACUAGUCAGUGGAGAGAGUGGGGCUGGCAAAACUGAGACAACAAAACUAAUUAUGCAGUAUCUUACGUUUGUCGGAGGCCGUGCUGCUGGCGAUGACAGAACUGUUGAGCAGCAAGUUCUUGAAUCAAAUCCACUCUUGGAGGCAUUUGGUAAUGCAAGGACUGUUAGAAAUGAUAAUUCGAGUCGUUUUGGCAAGUUUGUUGAGAUUCAGUUUGAUGCAAAUGGUAGAAUAUCCGGUGCUGCAAUCAGAACUUACCUUCUUGAACGGUCCCGUGUUGUUCAGAUAACAGAUCCUGAGAGGAAUUAUCACUGCUUCUAUCAGUUGUGUGCGUCUGGGAAAGAUGCAGCAAAGUACAAAUUAGCCCAUCCAAGCCAUUUUCACUACUUAAAUCAAAGCAGGACAUAUGAACUUGAAGGAGUGAGCAGCGCAGAGGAAUAUAUGAAGACAAGGAGGGCAAUGGAUAUUGUUGGAAUUAGUCAUGAGGAUCAGGAAGCUAUAUUUUGCACCUUGGCUGCUAUUUUGCAUCUUGGAAACAUUGAAUUUUCUCCUGGAAGAGAGCAUGAUUCUUCAGUUAUUAAAGAUCAGAAAUCUACCUUCCAUAUGCAGAUGGCUGCUGAUCUUUUUAGGUGUGAUGUGAACCUCUUGCUGGCUACAUUGUCUACUCGUACCAUUCAAACUCGUGAAGGAAGUAUUGUUAAAGCUCUUGAUUGUAAUGCUGCUGUGGCUAGUCGAGAUGCACUGGCAAAGACGGUUUAUGCUCGUUUGUUUGAUUGGCUUGUUGAUAAGAUUAAUAUGUCUGUGGGGCAAGAUCCAAAUUCCCAUAUACAAAUUGGAGUUUUGGACAUCUAUGGAUUUGAAUGCUUUAAGCAUAAUAGUUUUGAGCAAUUUUGCAUUAAUUUUGCAAAUGAAAAACUUCAGCAGCAUUUCAAUGAGCAUGUAUUUAAGAUGGAGCAGGAUGAAUAUAGGAAAGAAGAAAUUAAUUGGAGCUACAUUGAAUUUAUAGACAACCAAGAUGUUCUGGAUUUAAUUGAGAAGAAACCUAUUGGGAUAAUUGCUCUUUUGGAUGAAGCUUGCAUGUUCCCAAAAUCAACACAUGAAACAUUUUCAACCAAGUUGUUUCAGAAUUUCCGUGGUCACUCAAGGUUGGAAAGGGCUAAAUUUUCGGAAACAGAUUUUACCGUUUCGCAUUAUGCGGGCAAGGUCACUUAUCAAACAGAUACCUUUUUAGAAAAAAAUCGCGAUUAUGUUGUGGUAGAACAUUGCAAUCUCUUGGCUUCUUCUAAAUGCCCAUUUGUAGCGGGUCUUUUCCCUUCACCACCUGAGGAAUCUUCAAGAUCAUCAUACAAAUUCUCUUCUGUGGCAACAAGAUUUAAGCAACAACUUCAAGCACUCAUGGAAACCCUCAACUCAACAGAGCCUCAUUAUAUACGAUGUGUGAAGCCAAACUCAUUGAACCGUCCUCACAAAUUUGAGAACCUCAGUAUUCUUCAUCAGCUACGCUGUGGGGGUGUUCUGGAGGCAGUUCGAAUAAGUCUGGCUGGCUAUCCAACUCGAAGGACUUAUUCAGAAUUUGUGGAUCGCUUUGGAUUAUUAGCACCUGAAUUUAUGGACACAAGUUAUGAUGAGAAGGCGUUGACAGAGAAAAUUCUGCGAAAGUUAAAUCUUGAAAAUUUUCAGUUGGGUAGGACAAAAGUGUUUCUUAGGGCUGGUCAGAUUGGUGUCUUAGAUUCACGACGUGCUGAGGUUUUGGAUACUGCUGCAAAGCGUGUUCAGCGCCGUUUGCGGACAUAUAUUGCACACAGGAAUUUCAUCUCAGCCCGAGUUGCUGCAAUUCAACUGCAAGCAUAUUGCAGAGGAUGCCUCGUUCGAAAGAUGUUUGCUGCAAGGAGAGAGGCAGCAGCUGCCGUAUGUUUACAGAAAUAUGUCCGCAGGUGGCUAUUCAGGUGUGCUUAUCUGAAAGUACUUUCAGCAGCUGUUAUUUUACAGUCCAACAUCUGUGGCUUUUCAACUCGUCAAAAGUUUUUGCAUAGGAAGAAGCAUAGAGCUGCUGCUCUUAUCCAGGCUCGAUGGAGGUUGUGCAGAUUCCGCUCUGCUUUCCAUCAUUAUAAAAAAUCUAUCAUAGCAAUACAAUGUCAUUGGAGGCAAAAACUUGCUAAGAGAGAACUCAGGAGGCUUAAACAAGAGGCUAAUGAAGCAGGUGCCUUACGGUUAGCUAAGAACAAGCUGGAGAAGCAGUUAGAAGAUCUCACAUGGCGGUUGCAUCUAGAAAAAAGAAUGCGGGUUUCCACUGAAGAAACGAAGUCAGUUGAAAUUUCCAAACUUCAGAAAGCAUUGGAAUCUUUAAAUCUUGAGUUAGAUGCAACUAAACUAGCAACAAUUAGUGAGUGCAAUAAGAAUGCAGUGCUGCAAAAUCAAUUGGAAUUAUCAAUAAAAGAGAAAUCUGCAUUGGAAAAGGAAUUGACUGUGCUGGCUGAAAUGAGAAAGGAAAAUGUUUUACUGAAGAGUUCUCUGGAUACCUUGGAAAAGAAGAACUCUGCCCUGGAGCAUGAGCUCAAGAAGGCUCUAAAAGAUGCCAGUGACACCAUUGAAAAGUUGCGGGAGUUAGAACAAAAGAAUACUGAGCUCCAGCAAAACAUGCAAAGUCUUGAGGAGAAGCUCUCACAUCUAGAAGAUGAAAAUCAUGUUCUGCGACAAAAGGCAUUGACCCCAUCGCCCAAAAGCAACCGCGCUAACCUUACAAAGUCAUUUUCCAAUAAAUACGGAGGCACAGUUAAUCUUCAUCAGAGUGAUCGGAAGACUGCAUAUUUAAAAAACCCAGAUUGUUGA